UGCACGAUUCAUGGCGGGGUUGAUAUACUAUUAUUACUAGAUAUAGUUAUUGGCCAGCCAGCGAUAAGACGAUUGUCGGGAUCUGCCGUGGAGCUGUUUCCGGUCCAUCACCACGCAUGCGGUUCCUAUCAACCGAACGGGUGCUGUAGAGUAACCAGGCCUCAGGUACUCCGCCUCGGGAAGGUUUCUGGUAUCAAAGGCGAGCAAGGUGCAGGCAUUUCUCAUCGCGUAGAACCUGGGUACGUAAUUCCGCUUUACCACACGUCCCACAACUUCUCUCCCUCUUUCUCCCCACUUGAACAUGUCACCGGCUCUCCCAUCACCCCAGAUCUCCCGCGCCUGCGGCCACUUGCCCCAAGCGAACGCGAACGCGAAUCCCAUCUUCUAGCGCAGGCUCUUGACGGCACCGCACCCCCGCACCAUGAUCAAAUCCAUCUUCUUCGCCAUCUUCCACCCGGACAAGGGACCGCAAGUUCUCCACCAAGUCCCGGACGGGUCGAUCACGCCCUCGCCGCCACCUAGCAACGAGCCCCCGCCACUCAUCGACUUCGAGCACGUAAGCUCUCACAUCAUCCCCAAGCAGGAGCUAUGCGACCGGCUCGUGACCAUCUGCACGAACAAAUACCGGCUGCUCGGGUACCCCGUAUGCCUUGAAGACCGGCGAUACGAGCGGAACGAGUUCAUCUUCAAUUUUGCGAUCGUGCUCGAUGAGAAUGCGGAGUUCAGCACGUAUAAGAGCGUGGUGAGGAAGCUGGCGAAGCUGUUCAAGGCGUUGGAAGAGCAGAGUGGCUGGUUGAGUAAUGAGGUUACGAGGGCUGGUGUCUAUGCGCUCAUCGAGCAAGUGCUCGAGGAUUUAAAUAAUUACUCGGAGUGCAUGAUCCCGAUAAACGAUUCCAACACGAUCAACAUCAAGCUCUUCCCCACCUAUGCGCCCCCGCCCCCGGUCAAAGCCUGGCACGUGCCCGUCUCGACGGUCCAGCUAGAGUUGCUAAUGGAUGCGACCUGGGAUCUGACAAUGCAAAAGAUCGUCCCUCACAUUGACGGCAUCAACAGCGUGCGACGGAUCGGGGAGCUGGCCGACGCUGAUUACAAUCUCACCAAGAAGGCCAUCUCCCACCUCCUCUACUAUGGCUGCAUAACUCUCGUCGACAUCUUCGCAUUUUCCGCCAUCUACGCAGUCACAGCGGACAUCUCGUCGCUCCUCGCCGACCCGCAAAUGCAGGAGGAAUGCAUCAACUACAUCCGCUCAUCAGACUCAGCAAAGAUCGCAUUCGAAGAUGUGUUCACGCUGUACUGCUCGCUGAGCCAGGGCGUCACGCUGAAGAAAUGGCUCAUGGAGAACUUCCAGAAGAUGCGCGCGAUCGACAUGCGGCGGUUCAUCGGCUUCGGCGUGGUAAAAGGCAUCAUCUAUAGAGUGCAUAAGUACCCGGUCGCGGCGACGGCCGCCGCUUCCUCGCAGGUGCCAGGGAAACUCGCCGGAAUGCUGAAGGGUGGGAACUCGUUUGAUGAGAUUUGUACCGAGCUCCAGGUCGGUGAGAAGGGGGUCAUGGAUAUGCUCGAGGGGCGCGAUGAUGUGCAAAUCGUGCACAGAUGAGCGGGACGGGAGCGGGAGCACUGUGUAUUGCUGCAUUUCAGGCGUUGGCGGAGUAGACAUCAAUUGAUAUUGGAUUUCAACACUG